AUGAUGCGCCGCAAUUACUUCUUCAAACAAGUCUCCCUUGACGAGAAGUCAGUUUCGGACAAACAGAUGUGCGAGAACUUCCGCAAAAGCACAAGUCAACUUCUCACUGACAUGAAAGGCGUGAUCCAAAUAUUUCAAAGCUUGAAAGCAACAGUGGUUUCCAUUAAUAACCAACUUCGCUCAAUUUACACAUUCGGGAACUCAAUCAUCGCAAACGAUGUCAGAAACUUUCUCGAUUCGUGUAACCUCGAAGCAAGUGCUUGUCCACUUCUUGAAAAGGAAGUCGACUUCUGUGAAAAUUUUUAUAAGGAAUUUGGGAAGAAAAUUAGUCGUAUGACAAACGAGGAGGCACGGCUCUUUGCUGAACAGCGAUUCGAUUUCUUAGACUCAAGUGUUUUACUUUAUAUGAAAACAAUGAUUGGUCUGAACGGAGAAAACUCGAAGAACUUGAACCGAAUCAUUUUCAAUGCAGUGCAAGACGGCCUGAUGAUUCCAAAGACAUUAAAAAUCUUGUCAUCACUUGAGACAACCGUUUCCAGUCGAGUAGGGUCACUUUAUCUUUCCAAAUUUCUCCGAGAGAGUUGCGAAGAGAAAUUGGUUCAAUUCUAUCGAGCAGUCCAACUCUAUCAUUCGAUAGAGGCGGAUCAUAUCAGGAGUUGGGUCUGCAAAACCAUUUUUGAGACUUUCAUCUGCGUCAACUCGGAGGAAGAGAUCUCACUUCCCUCAGCCAUUCGUAAUAAAAUCAAUUUGGAGUAUUCGAAAGGGUUUGGUGCGGAUAUAUUUGAUGAAGCGAAACAAUAUGUACUUGAUACUAUGAUCAAGGAAAAUGUUUUUGAAAGAUUCCAAAAGUCUCGAUACUUUAAAACUUUAGUUGAACGGUUAACUCCAGUUUUUAAGACUGACAAAUCGUCUUCUGAUGAGUGUGAAGAUGGUGUUUCAUUCACAGUAGACACCUAUGUGAAUGUAGCUCAAUAUCUGAUUCCAUAUAAUUUAGUCGACUAUACCGAGAACUUUGUCUCGAUUGGGUACACAUCGCCUAAGUUAAUGGAAAUGAUAGGAGAGAAGGAGUUUGAGAAAUUUGCGAACAACGAAGUUGAUAAAAAGCGGCUGAUGACCUUUGUGAAAUUAGCGAAAGAGGGCAAACUUGAAAAGUCCCCAAUAGUUACAAAAGAGGCGAUUAUUAAGAUUGUGACGAUACAAAACAACUUUGUGCUGUACUUAGAAAAGAUCCAUCCGGAGGGGACAAGCGAGACAUUACAAUUUCUUGCGUAUGUGAAAGAAACGCCGGUGGACCAGAUGACGACGUCACAGAUCUUAGAAAAGAGUGAAAAUGCAUUCAUCGAAUUGAAUUCAAAACACCACGUGGCGUAUCGUAUGUUAAAGAAAUGUGACAGUGUCAAAGAGAUGGUGCCGCUCAUUGUUCAGUGUCGAACAGCACUGAUUGCUUUAUUAGCUGAUUUGCACGUAGAAGAGUACAAUGAAUCGACUUUUUGGGUGGAAGGGAAGAAGUGCGACGUGAACCUUCACCGAACAAGUACGCCCGAGUUAAUUAAUGGAGAAGUGACACCAAAGAAUAAGACAAGAACAGCAGAAGACUCAGGGAAAUGCGUAGAAGAAGACUAUGAGGACGAUGCCAAGUCGAGAGAAAGUAUGAAACUUAUGAUGUUAUGUCGAAGAGCAACGGAAAACAACUUAAAGAACUCAUUACAAAAAGAUGCAGAAAAUCGAAUAUUUGGGAGCGAUAAACAAGAGAGUUCUGUGAACAAUGCGAUGUCUUUAAUUAAGACUAAUAUAGUCCCGAAACUCGGGAAAAUGAAACAAAAGUGUUUUGAAAUUAAUGAAAAAGAUGAGGUGGAAAGGCUUAAUACUGAGUUGGAUAGUUUUGCAUCGUUUUUUGCGUUAUUUGGAGAGGAUAUGUCUGUCACACAACAAAAACAAUUUGUACUGAAAAUCACGAAUAAAGAAGUGAGAAAGAAAGUGGUUGAAACUCUGAACAAAAUAGAAACUAUGCAAAGUGUAGCAGAUGUCGUUUUGGAUAAUUUAAUCACUUUACUCACUCAAGUAAGACAAACUAAUGCUUCAGUGUUGAAAUAUCAAAAAAUCGUACAACAACUUGCUAUUAUUUAA